CAUAAUAAUAAUAAUCAGUGUUCAAAUUAAUCCUCCACUUUCUCGAAGAUAACAAAUCAAUCCAGUCCACCACCAAACCAAACAUUCCCAAAAUUCCAACCACCUCGUUUACCAUUACCAACAAUGCCAGUCUUCAAAACCCCAUUCAAUGGCUACUCCGUCAAAUUCAGCCCAUUUUACGAAUCCCGUCUCGCCGUCGCCACUGCCCAGAACUUCGGAAUCCUCGGCAACGGUCGUCUCCACGUCCUCUCCUUACCUCCAGCACCCUCCUCCCCUCUAACCGAACUCAUCUCCUUCGACACUGCUGAUGGCAUCUACGACCUUGCCUGGUCUGAAUCCCACGAUUCCCUCUUAAUCGCAGCUGUGGCCGAUGGCUCCGUCAAGCUUUACGACACCGCCUUACCCCCAACACAAAACCCACUUCGUUCCCUCCAGGAACACACGCGUGAAGUCCACUCAGUCGAUUACAAUCCCACGCGCCGUGAUUCUUUUAUUACCGCUUCCUGGGAUGACACGAUUAAAUUAUGGACCCUUGACAGGCCGGCGAGUAUUCGUACGUUUAAAGAACACGCGUAUUGUGUUUAUUCUGCUGCGUGGAACCCGAGGCAUACGGAUGUUUUUGCAUCUGCUUCCGGGGACUGUACUGUGCGAAUCUGGGACGUGCGUGAGCCGGGAAGUACGAUGAUUAUUCCAGGUCAUGAUUUUGAGAUUUUGUGUUGUGAUUGGAAUAAAUAUGAUGAUUGUAUUAUUGCUACUGCAUCGGUGGAUAAGAGUAUUAAAAUAUGGGAUGUAAGGAGUUUCAGAGCUCCGAUUUCGGUUUUGAAUGGACAUGGGUAUGCUGUUAGGAAAGUUAAGUUUUCGCCCCAUCAUAGGAAUUUGAUGGUUUCUUGUUCGUAUGAUAUGAGUGUUUGUAUGUGGGAUUUUAUGGUUGAAGAUGCAUUGGUUGGGAGGUAUGAUCAUCAUACUGAGUUUGCUGUUGGAGUUGAUAUCAGUGUGCUUGUUGAUGGGUUGAUGGCAAGCACUGGGUGGGAUGAGUUGGUUUAUGUUUGGCAGCAUGGGACGGACCCGAGAGCACCGUGACAAAGGGAAGUGUUUGUUUUUUUCCUUUUUUUUUGUCGAGACUUUUUGUAUUUUUGAAUGGAAGUCGUACGUUUAGUAGUAAAAGUAUAAAUGUGGUUGUUCUUGUAGUUGUUUAUUUAUCUGAUAGUUGCGAGAUUUGUCUCCAUGGAUGACUUUGUUGAAUAAGGUGCUGAAUAACCCUGUAUAUCAGUUUUAAUAACACGAAAAAGUUUGUGUUGUUUGUUGCU